AUGACGUCGACAUCUCUUCCCAAGCCGCGGCUCUUGAUGCCGCGGUACACGGACGCGCAGGUUUUCCGCGUCAUCUCCGCUUUCCUGUCCAGGCGCGAGUUCACCUUCACGCAGAGCAUGCUCGCGAAGGAGGCGGUCGCGAAGGGGCUCGUGAGCGCGGGGGACGGAGACGGCGACGACGAUCUCGGCGACGAGGCGCUCGGCGAGCAUCUUGCGUUCCUUCUCGCACAGCUGGCGGACGAGGGCGGCGAUGAAGACGCAGGAGAGGAGGACGAGACGGGGACGGAUGCCGAUCACCUGGAGCGCGUCGCCGAAGAUGCGGGCGGCGACGACGACCACGACCACGACCACGACAGCGAGCGCGACGGGGAAGAUCGGGAGGACGACGAGCACGAGGGCGAUGCGUUCGCCGCGGACGCCGCGACGGAGGCCACCGAGAUCGACCGCAAGAGCAUCGAGCCCGAAUCGAACGACGGCAGCCGACGCGUGCGCAGGAAAAAGACCCUCGCCAAGGAAGCCGACGAGGCAGCCGCCGACGCGCCCGACGACGAGGAACCCGCCGAGGACGACGCCAUCGGCGACAUACUCGCCGACGACGAGGUGGACGACCUCGAGGACAUCGACGACGACGCGACGCACGGGGCAAACGACGCCGAUGAGGACAAAAACACGACGGCGACGGCGACUACAACCGUCACCAAAACGACCGUCGCCAAACCCGCCGCUUCGGAUGCCCCGACCGACGCCACGGGCGCCAUCACCAACGUGGGCGGCGACGGCGGCGGCGAGGAGGAUGAGGUCGCGCAGCUUCGCGCCGCCGCCGCGAGGACGAGGGUCGGCGGCAACAAGAGCGGCGGCGGUGGACGCGGGGGCGGGGGCGGAAGGGAGAGGGGAUCCCGCGGUUCCCCAAAGCCGGAGCCCCCUCGAGGAUCGCAGGGCGGCUCCGCCGGCGGCGGAGGUCGGCGACCGAGCAACCUCGGCGGCGGCAGGCCCAACAGCGGUUUUCACGGCCCGCCCUUGCCGAACGGGCCGCCCCCGAUGGGACGCGAACCGCCGCACAUGCAGAGGCGCGGUCCGCCGCCCGCGGGCGGGCCCAGGGGUCCGGGCCCGAUGGGGGGCCGGGGUCCGAUGCCGAUGGGGGGGCCGCGCAACGACCCGCCGCCCCGCGCGUUUCCUCCGAUGGACGAUCCGGGCUGGGGACCCGCCGUCGGGCGGGGACGGGGCGGGCGAGGCGGACGCGGGCCUCCGAUGCGCGGAGGCGGACGCGGGCCGCCGCCCGGGCCGCACCAAGGCGGACGGGCCCAGCAAGGUGGCCGCGGGGGCAGGGGAAACCUCGGCGGACGCGGACAGAAGCGCAAAAUGGCAGGCGGAUACUGA